UAAUAGUUUCUCCUGGAUAGUCUUUCUCACUUUCUUGGCCGUUGAUAUACAUGAACUUCUACAGUUAAACCUUUAAAUUAAUUUUCAGUUGUUUUGAUGUACUUGUGUAUAUUUAGAAACUGUAUGCAAGACAACAAGGUAUUUUUCUUUUUAGUUCUUUUAUUUUUUUAAUUUUUAAACUUUGAUUAAUUAGUUAAUAAUUAUAAGAAACGAGAGAGAUUUCAUUCAGAAAUAGAAUUGGAGGUUUACAUGAAGAUUCGAAUUCAUCCAACAUCUUCGCAAGCUUCUUCAUGUCAAAUUGAAUUCAUCCAAUUGCAUGGGUGGGGCUCCAGAAGGUAUUCUCUUAAUGUGGGAUGUGAGGCUUUUUAAAGCGAUGGAGGUGUUGAAGGGGGUCUUUUCGAUUUCAGUGGUAGUAGAGUUCCAAGACUUGAAAGGUGAGGUGGGUCUCAAGGUGUGUAUGGGCCUCCUGCCCCUGAAGGGAGGAAGGCGUUUUGGGAGGAGAUUGGUAAUCUCUGGGUCUUUGUGGAGAAAGUUGCUGUUUAGCGGGAGACUUAAUUUAACCAGAUUCUCGUUUGAAAAGUUUGGUGGAGGAAGGAUUGCCAAGUCGAUGAAGUGUUUUAAUAGACUCAUAGAAAAGUGUGACCUUGUAGACCCCCUUGGUGAACAACAGGUUUACUUGGUCUACGGAAGAGAGAGUGAGCUUACAGAUUUACUUGGUCUAAUUGAAGAAAAAGAGUGGUGCAUAGCAGGUUAGACAUAAUUCUUUUGACUAAGCGUUGGCUUGAAAGAUUCCCCAUGGAGAGAUUAUCCCAAGGCGAAGAGAUGCUCGUUUUUGGAGUCCUAACCCUACUGGGGGCUUUUCUUGUACCUCAUUCGUUUGUUGCUUGUUGGACCCUUCUCCCUCUAGCGAGUUCGUCUUUUCUACUCUAUGGAGGGUGAAGUUCCAAUUAAGGUUUAAUUUCUUUUCUUGGCCGAUUAUCCACAGAAGAGUUAACACUCUUGAUCAGGUUUUGUGAGAGAUGCCUUCUCUAGUUGGACCGUUUUGUUGCAUUCUUUGGAGCUGUUCAUUUGAUCUGCUUGGAGCUAUUUGUUUUUUACGUGUUUUGAUUCCACUUUGGAAGAAAUAAAGGCUACAGAGAGAUGAUCGAGGAGUUCCUUCUCCAUCCGCCAAAAAAAAAUAAUAAAUAAUUUGAAGUGUAGCAAGGCUGUAAUGAUGUAACCCUUAAAUGGCUGCAAGCAUUUACACUAGUAUAAAGAUGUAAGAACAGAAUGCCAGACACUGUCAAAGGAAUUUUACCCUCUACGUCUUGUUGUAUGGUGUGUUUUUCUAAUUUGGAGCACCCUUGACAUCUCUUUCUACAUUGACCUACUGCUGCUCUGUAUUGGGUGAUAACUUUUUAGAUUUAAUUUUAUUUUAUGCUGUGUAUUGGUGUAAUCAAAAACACCAUUUUAGAGAUUAUAAUCUUUCUUCUUAGGAUAGCCUUUUCGUUAGUUAACUUUUGAUGUAGGAAACCUUUUCUGCACAUAUUUACUCAUCCAUGGAAUUUGUCUCUUCUAAAAACAUUGUCCAAGGACUUUGCAGAGUUGUUAAUGACUUGGUCAAGUCGAACCAGGAUUUCAAAGUAGUACAUACAAUAGUUUGACAAGUAAGGGGGAAAAAGAGAAUGAAAUGAUUUUCAAACAUCAGCACAAUCACUUUUGGUCUUAUUUCAGGACCUCCUGAAUUCAAAGUCAGCAUUCGAGAAAAGCCGCUUCAAUCUAGUAGGUGAAUGCUCUCAUGAACGUUGAAGCAAAGAAGAAGUAUGAGUUCUUAGAAUCUAUAAGUGCACUGAUGGAUGCUCAUUUGAGAUAUUUUAAGCUAGGCCAUGACUUAUUGGGCCAGAUGGAACCUUUCAUUCAUCAGGUUCUAACAUAUACACAACAAUCUAAAGAACUGGCCAACAAUGAACAAGAUAAACUUGCAAAAAGAAUUCAGGAAUUCAGGUCACAAGCACAGCUGGACAAUUUGCAAGAUUCCAAUAGCCUAGAUCUUUCCGUGAUUUCUGAUAGCAUUCUUGGUAGUGGUACUAGUUCCUACAGAAAUGUUGAUACAGCUUCCAUGUUCAUUGUCAAUGGGCAGGUUGAAACUAUAAAACAAGGAUAUCUCUUGAAACGAUCUUCAGGUUCGAGGGGAGAAUGGAAAAGGAUGUUUUUCGUACUUGAUAGUCAAGGUGCUCUCUAUUAUUAUAAGAACAAGGGAAACAAAUAUAUGGGCCAUCAAUCUCUUAGUUUCAAUCGUUCAAAUGAACACCACAAAAGUGUUUUUGAUAGAUUCCGUUCAAGGCACAAGAGGGCAUCAUCAUUCAAUGAAGAAAUUUUGCGUUGCUCUACAGUUAAUCUGCAUACGUCUACAAUAAAGAAGGAUGCGGAGGAUACAGACCUACGACUUUGCUUCAGAAUAAUUUCUCCCUCUAAGACCUACACUUUGCAGGCCGAAAACGAGGCAGAUAGGCUGGACUGGAUCAAUAAAAUCACCGGGGCUAUUGCAUCUCUUUUCAAUUCUUACUUUCUUCAACAGCCAUUUCUGGAAGCCAAACAUGAUGAAAGUUACAACAACAAUUUCGACGAUUAUAACGUACAGACACUACAUCAAAAGGGACUAGAAGAUGGCAGUCAAGUAGGUUCUGUUUCUAAGAUAUUAAGAGAAAUUCCUGGAAAUGAUCUAUGUGCAGAAUGCGGCACUCCAGAGCCUAAGUGGGCCUCUCUAAACCUUGGCAUUUUGUUGUGCAUAGAAUGCUCUGGUGUUCAUCGUAAUCUUGGUGUCCAUAUUUCGAAGGUAAGAUCGAUAGUAUUAGAUGUCAAAGUCUGGGAGCCUUCAAUACUGGACUUGUUUAGGAACUUGGGCAAUGCUUAUUGUAACUCUAUUUGGGAAGGAUUGUUUCUUGCAGAUACGGGAAGCGAUAAUAUACAACACGACGUAGCCACGCCAAUUCCGAAACCAAGUCUCAAGGAUCCCAUACAGCAUCGGGAGAAAUAUGUUCAUGCUAAGUAUGUAGAGAAACUGUUUGUGGUCAAGGAUAGUGAAGCACCCUGCAACAAUUCUUAUGCAAAAAGUAUCUGGGAAGCUGUCAAAACAAAUGACUUGCGAGAGGCUUAUCGCCUCAUAGUAGUUUCAGCAGUAUCGAUUGUCAACUCAACUUUUGAUGAUGUGGUCAGUGUCAGUUCGAGCCCGAAUUUGGAUGAGGAGCCCUCGGGAAGUAAUCAAGAAUCUCAUAAUCCAUCGUUGUGUGGGAGAGAUUGGGAUUCUAGCGAGUCAAAGAACAGUCUUCAAGGUUGCUCACUAUUGCAUCUCGCUUGUCAAAAUGACAAUCAAGUGAUGCUUGAACUGUUGUUGCAAUUCGGUGCCAAUAUAAAUGUAUGCGACUCUAAUGGAAGUACGCCUUUGCACCAAUGCAUCUCCCAGAAAAACAAUAGCUUGGCUAAGUUUCUACUUAGAAGAGGUGCACGACCAUCCAUCAAAGACGGUGGAGGAUUAAGUGCAUUAGAAAGAGCAAUGGAAAUGGGAGCAAUAGCCGAUGAGGAGCUAUUUCUUUUGCUUACAAGAUCUGAAUAAAGAAUACGAUGGAACACUUCUGAUUUUUAUGUCUUUUUGUCAGUCGAAUCUUGAAUUUUGUAAUUAUUGGUGGUGUUUUUAUCUGCCAUAACUUCUGUAAUCUCUUCAUUCUUGACCUUCAUAUUAACUUAUUGAUUUGCAGUGACAUGCAGCCACCAUGGCUCUUGCCCACUCGCAUAAAUGACAUGCUUUUUGAUUGAU